CGAACAAUUCACUCUCAACCAUCCUCACACAUACACACACACACUCGAAGUCACCAUACUCGCAAAUCAACUCUCUCCAUCAAUAACCUCUUCACAAUGGUAGCCUCCCCCAACCCCGACGCCACCUCGAUCACCAUCUUCGGAGCGACCGGUAUCCAAGGCGGCAGCGUCCUCCGUCACCUGCUCCAGAGCGACAAACCUUACCGUAUCCGAGCCGUCACCCGGGACCCUACCAAGGACGCCGCCAAGAAGCUCUCCGAGUUGGGGGUCGAGGUCGUCAAGGCCGAACUAGGGGACGAGAGCGAGGUCAAGAAGGCCGUCGAGGGACAGGAUCUCGUCUUCGCGGUGACCAACUUCUGGGAACACGGCCGAUCCAAAGAACUCGCCGACGGCAAACGUCUUAUGGACGCCGUCAAGUCGGCCGGUACAAAGAAAGUCUACUGGUCCGGCUUGAUGCCGGUGCACAAGUUGAGCGGGGGAAAGUAUACCAAGGUCGAGCAUUUCGAUACCAAGGCCGAGAUUCUAGCAUACGCCAAGGCCCAAAACGUUCCGAUCGUCGACGUUCAGCCGGCGUGUUAUAUGGAGAAUUUCACUGGGAUGAUGCUUCCUCGCAAGCAAGAAGACGGCUCGUUCGUCUUCGCCCUCCCCGUCGACCCAGCCUCCAAGAUGUCCCUCAUAGACUGUGGAUCGGACUACGGCGCGUACGUCAGAGGGGCUAUCGAAUCCGGACUGGAGGACGGGUCCGAGGUCUUGGCUUGUCGACAGGAGAUUACUAUGCCAGAGUUUGCGGAAGUUUGGGGUCAAGUCAACGGAGUAAAGGCAACCUACUAUCUCAUGCCGGCCGAUCAAUUCAAGGCCGUCGCAGGGGAAGAGAUCACCGAGAUGAUGGGUUGGUUCUCUGACUUUGGCUACUACGGUGGCAAGGAGAUCGAAUCGUCACAAAAGCUUUUGCCCGACGGCGUCAAGGUGAACACCUGGAAGACGUUUGUCGAGGCGCAGGAUUGGUCCAAGGUGCUCGCCUGAUUCGUGACCACGUUCCUGUGAGCGUGAAUGCAGAAUGGUCGGAUUGAUUUUUGCGUUUGUAUAUAUCGAUCGAGUACUCGUCUCAUGAUACCUUGUUAUGUACACCCAUGUUUCCCGGCCGAGCGGUCACAUUGGCCGACAACAAGGACCAAGCGGGGACGGAGAAGGGUUUACCGAGCGACCAGGGUUGUCGGAUCUUAGGGAGGGGGCCAAAGAAUAUUCAUAACGAUGGCG